CUUCUAUCUCCCUCUUCACGGCAAAAGCCAUUCUCCACCUUUUGACUCUCUCAUCUUAACAUAUCAUUUAUUUUCUUGUUACAUUUCAAUUGUCAUAAACAUUAGACUCAAAAAAUGGCUCCCUCCUUGGUGCUUCCAAGGCUUGCAAAUUGGGUCAUGAAACAGGUGCUUGUUAAAUCAUGUCAUGGAGUUGCAACGAAAAUGAAAAGCUAUGGAUUUCAUUGGGGCGAUCUUUCACCUAAACCAUUGCAACAACCUUUCCCUGAUAUUGCCACGUGUGGUUUGGAGGGUAGAGGCUCACACACACUUGUUUGUGACUUCCACAAAGCCCUCUUAAGGACCCCUUCCUUCUUUCCCUCCUUCAUUCUGGUUGCCUUUGAAGGUGGAAGCAUUUUUAGGGCACUUGUCUUGCUUUGUUCAUGCCCUAUACUGUGGAUUUUGAGCUAUGAAAUGAAGCUUAGGGUCAUGAUCUUAAUCUCCUUUUGUGGACUCAGAAUGAAGGACAUGGAAAACACUGCAAGGGCAGUUUUGCCAAAGUUUUAUUUGGAGAACCUCAACCUUGAGGCCUAUGAGGUAGUGGAUUCUGUAGGGUCUAGGGUUUUCUUCACCACUAUGCCUAGAGUGAUGGUGGAAGGGUUUCUCAAGGAGUAUUUGAAUGCUGAUGCUGUUGUAGCCACAGAGUUGCACACUGCUGGAUGUUACUUCACUGGUUUUCUCUCUAAUUCUGGUUUGCUUGUCAAGCAUAAAGCCCUAAUGGAUUAUUUUGGAGAUUCAAAGCCUGACCUUGGGAUUAUUGCUAACUCAAGUCUUCAUGAUCAUCUUUUUCUGUCUCUUUGCAAGGAAGCUUAUGUGAUGAGCAAUGCAGAGGGAAAAGUGAUGCCAAGGAACAAAUAUCCAAAGCCUUUAAUAUUUCACGAUGGAAGACUAGCAUUUCUACCUACUCCAUCAGCCACCCUCUUUAUGUUCAUGUGGCUUCCAAUUGGAUUUCUGUUGGCCAUUUAUAGAAUUUUUCUGGGUGUUUUCCUGUGUUGCAGAUUCACACAACCACUAGGAGCAUGGAGUGGUGUAGGUCUGAAUUUCAAGGACAACAACCCCCAAAGAUCAGAGUCAAACAAAGGGGUACUGUAUGUAUGCACCCAUAGGACUCUCUUGGAUCCAAUUUUUCUGAGCAUAUUCUUGGGAAGGCCUUUGACUGCUGUCACAUACAGCCUGAGCAAGGUGUCUGAGAUGAUAGCCCCUAUUAGGACCAUAAGUCUCACAAGGGACAGAAAACAAGAUGGGGAAACUAUGAGGAGGCUGCUGAGUGAAGGGGACUUGGUGGUGUUCCCUGAAGGGACAACUUGUAGGGAGCCCUAUCUUUUAAGGUUCAGUUCCUUGUUUGCUGAGCUGGCUGAUGAGAUUGUGCCUGUGGCUAUGAAUGCAAAAGUGACCAUGUUCUAUGGGACCACAGCAAGUGGACUAAAAGUCUUGGACCCUAUUUUCUUCUUCAUGAACCCUUGGCCUAGGUAUGAUAUUGAGAUACUUGAAAAGGUUCCUAAGGAACUCACAUGUGCUAGUGGAAGGUCUAGUCAUGAGGUGGCAAAUUAUAUACAGAGAGAGCUGGCUGAUGCAUUGGGAUUUGAGUGCACCAACCUCACAAGGAGGGAUAAGUAUAUGAUGCUGGCUGGGAAUGAAGGGGUUGUUCAAGAAAAGAAGGGGAGGAGAUUGUGUUAGCUAGUGGCUGGAGUUUGCCCUUAAUUGAUCAUUUGAUUUCAUCAUGUUUUAAUUUGGACAAUUGUUGCUAUAAUUAACUAAAGCAUCACUUCUUUUAUAUAUUUUUUCCCGUAAAAUGUCAAAUUGCUUCAUAUGUAGAGAGAGUCAAAGAUUUUCUAUAUGAAGUUUGUGUUAUUCAUUUGAAA